CAUAAAUAUUUUUGGAAAUGUGAUGUGCCUCAAACCUAGUAUCUAUCGGGCUGGAUAUCAGAGGGGUUUCACUUCCAAGCUAUCCUGGUUAAGAUCCAGCAAAUGGAGAAGACACGUGUGGUUAUAUUAAUUCUUUUAACUGCUUCAGGGAUCCUGACUCAGAAGGAUAUGGAUGGCAAGGUGUUUCUUAUGCCCAGAGAGACCAGUACAUCUUACGUGCGUCUGUACCCAAUGAGAAACGGUCCGAUCGCCAACCUCACAGUUUGCCUCAAAUGCCAUACAGAUCUGGCACGGACUUAUACUCUUUUCUCUUUGGCAACCUCAAGCAAAUACAAUGACUUCCUCAUGUUUCAUUAUACCAACAGGUUUUCAAUAUAUGUUGGAAACCAACAAUUGUUUUUUAAUAUACCAAGCACCGUGGAACUGAGGAGCAUCUGUGUGAGCUGGGGGUCGCUGAGUGGAGAAGUGGUUUUGUGGAUCAAUGGCAAUCCAUAUCCGAGAAAGAUGUUUAUGAAAGGGUACAGAGUCGGUGCCAACCCCAUCAUUAUCAUUGGACAGGAACAGGAUAAUUAUGGGGGUGGGUUUGAUGCUUCUCAGUCUUUUGUUGGAGAGAUAAGUGAUGUUCACAUGUGGGAUCGAGUUCUUAGUUCUCAGGACCUUAUGGAUGUUCUUUAUAACAGUAACAUAUCAGGGAAUGUAAUUAACUGGCAAAACUUAACCUAUGAAACCAAAGGUGAAGUCCUGGUGCUUCCACAACUGUGCAAAUUGAAUUACAAACCUGACUGUUGUAAUAUUCCCUCAUAAGGACAUUUUACAAAAUUCUCCAUGUGUCAAGCACCUUCACCUGUCACUGCACACAUAGAGCAGGUUUUGGCCCUAAAAUGCACAAACAUUUUUAGGCCAAAACUGCCAUAUGAAGGGACAUCAAGUAAAUGGAAUAGCAUGAGGCAGAGGCAGUAAAGGUCAGGGGGGUUUUCUUCCUGCAGAACAUUUGCCAUGUUCCCUUGGACUUAAAGGGAUACUGUCAUGGGAAAACUUUAUGCAUCAGUUAAUAGUGCUGCUCCAGUAGACUUCUAAACU